AAUUCUGUGAAACCGGAAAUAACAUUUCGGCCAACAUGCCUUCUGUGGACGAUUCAAAGCCGAUCAGCUGGGCAGAACAGGUUGAAGCGGGUGAAGAUGGUUCACUGCCGCCAGCCACAGAGGAUUUUGAUGAACACAACAACCUGAAGACUAUCACUGAGUACAAAUACAAUGAAGGUGGGAAAAUGGUCAAAACAGUCAAGACAUACAAGGUUGAAAGAAGGAAAGCUGCAAAAACUAUUGCUAGAAGAAAGGCUUUGCGUAAGUUUGGAGCUGCUGAGCAGGAUCCCCCGGGCCCAAACCCUGCCAACACUAUUGUUCAGGUGGAGGAGAUCAACAUGCAGAUCAUCCUUAAUAAGGAGAACAAGAACCAGGACCAGGAGACAGAGGAUCCACUCGCCAAGUUGAAGAGCCAGAAGCUGGUGUCGUGUCGGAUCUGUAAGGGUGACCAUUGGACCACAAAGUGUCCAUACAAGGACACACUCGCUCCAAUACAGGAGUCUCUGGAAGGUGACAAGAAGAAUGAAGAGGCUGGAGCUGCCCCUGGAGCUGCCCCAGCCCCUGGAGCCGCAUCGAAACAGCCCGGGGGCAAGUAUGUGCCCCCCAGCAUGAGAGAUGGAGCCGGCAAGGGCCGUGGAGAGACUAUGAAGUCUACUAGAGAUGAAUCUGCAACUAUACGAGUGACCAACCUGUCAGAGGAUACGAGGGAGUCUGAUCUACAGGAACUGUUCAGACCAUUUGGUCCCAUACAGAGAAUAUACCUGGCCAAGGAUAAAAACACUGGCCAGUCUAAGGGUUUUGCCUUUAUCAACUUUCACCGGCGUGAGGAUGCUGCCAGGGCUAUAGCAGGGGUGUCGGGCUUCGGAUACGACCAUCUUAUCUUGAAUGUUGAAUGGGCAAAACCAUCCGGCACGGGAUCUUAGACUCCAGCCUCAGCAAGACUUCAGCUUUCUAUUUAUAAUAUUGUGACAUUCGGACAAUUUAAUAAUCAUAAGUGGACUUUAAUCUGUUAGAAAAGUGCUUAAUGCCAUGUAUCUUGUAAAAUCAAAACCAAAUAAAAAUUGGAAAAGGAAA